UUUAAUUAGUCGAUGAUGAACAAUGGUAAUUGUUGGUCUUAAUGUAAAUAUAUAGAGUAAAAGUAAAAGUAUAUGUGGGGUACAUGAAAAUCUUUAAUGCUUUAUUGUUACAGCCUUCAUAAGCCUACAGUAUUUAAAGAUCUCAAAUGGCUUUAUUUAGAUUUGUAUCAAUUAGUAAUUAAAAACAAAAACUAAACAAAUUAUGAUUCAAGAAAAACUGGAUUUAUUACAAUCCUCUACGGAGAGCAUUAUUCACGAAGAUAAAACGUUUGAGAAGGUUGAAGAAACUGAAUUAGGCGCUCAAUAUGAUUUUGAAACUGAGUUUACCGAAAUCGAAAAGUUAGCAGAAGAAGCCAAAAGGCAAAGUACGUUUUGGCAAAAAUUUAGAAACUUUGAAUUCGAAAUUAAUUUUGAAAAUAAGAAGUAUAUGGUUUGGUUAUUAGGAGCAUUUGCUUCUGCUGCUGGGUUGUUGUCAGGUUUAGAUCAAUCCAUUAUUAGUGGUGCGAGUAUCGGAAUGGAACCUGCAUUGCAUUUAACUUCUCAUCAACAAUCACUUGUUUCAAGUUUAAUGCCUUUAGGUGCUGUAGCUGGUUCUAUAUUAAUGACUCCAUUAAAUGAAUAUUUCGGUAGAAAGAAAUCCAUUAUGAUUUCAUGUGUUUGGUAUACCGUAGGAGCAGCUCUUUCUGCUGCAGCACAUGAGUAUCAUAUUAUGUAUGCUGGUAGAUUUAUAUUGGGAGUAGGAGUAGGUAUUGAAGGUGGUUGUGUAGGUCUAUAUAUUGCUGAAUCAGUUCCAGCUAAAGUUAGAGGUAAUAUUGUUUCAAUGUAUCAAUUUAAUAUUGCUGUUGGAGAAGUACUUGGAUUUGCAGUUGCAGCUAUGUUUUAUUCGGUUAAGGGAGGUUGGAGAUUUAUGAUUGGAUCAUCUUUAUUAUUUUCCACUCUCUUAUUCAUUGGUAUUAGUUUCCUUCCUGAAUCGCCUCGUUACUUAAUCCAUAAGAACAGAUUAGGUGAAGCUUAUAAUGUUUGGAAACGUUUAAGAGAUGUUGAAGAAUAUGAUAGUAAAGUAGAAUUUUUAGAAAUGAGACAAGCUGGUAUUGAAGAACAAGAGAGAAAGAAUAAUGAGUCAUAUGUACAAGUUUGGAUGGAUCUUUUCACAGUACCAAGAAAUAGAAGAUCGUUAGUAUAUGCUGUUAUAAUGAUCAGUCUUGGACAACUUACGGGUGUAAAUGCAGUUAUGUAUUAUAUGUCAACAUUAAUGAUAAAGAUUGGGUUUGAUACUAAAAAUGCUGUUUUCAUGUCUUUAGUUGGUGGAGGUUCAUUAAUGCUUGGUACUAUUCCUGCUAUUUUAUUUAUGGAUCGAUUUGGAAGAAGGACUUGGGCUCUUAAUAUUGUGGGAUUCUUUUUUGGUUUAUUAUUGGUUGCUAUCGGGUAUAGAAUUGAUAUUGAAACUAAUUUAGCUGCUGCAGAAGGAGUUUAUCUUACUGGUAUUAUAUUAUAUAUGGGAUUCUUUGGAGCUUAUGCAUGUUUAACAUGGGUUCUUCCAUCAGAAGCAUUUUCAAUGCAAAUGAGAUCAGUAGGUAUGACAAUUAGUUCUGCUUUCCUUUAUCUUUGGGCUUUUACAGUAACUUAUAAUUUUACAAAGAUGCAAAAUGCUUUUACUUAUACUGGUUUAACAUUAGGAUUUUAUGGUGGUAUAGCAUUCAUUGGAUUUAUUUAUCAAUUGUUCUUUAUGCCUGAAACAAAGGAUAAAACUUUAGAAGAAAUUGAUGAUAUUUUUAAUAAACCAACUAUGGAUAUAGCUCGAGAAAAUAUUGCAAAUAUGAAAAAAUUUUGGGGUAUGAAGUAGACGCAUUUUUCGCAUCUAUGGCCGCAAUAUCUCAACUUCCGGGUAAAUUAAAUUUUCAAUACUUAAUCGAAAAUUUUUCAACUUUUAUGAAUGUUUUAUGUUUAACUUUAAUUAAUUCUUCUUUAUAUUAUCAAAUCUUUACGAUAGAAAUUGUAUAUAGGUAAUAUACAUUCUAUUUAAUUGAAUGAGUGACCUUAAGGUUAAUGUAGUAAUUUCUAUGUAAAAAUU